AUCUUGAUUCCGGUCGCGCUGGGCUACAUCAAGAAUGGCACCUCCUGAUGCAUAUACACCUAGGCUAAUAAACCAGCUUCAAGGAUAUACCUCUAUCGUUGCUGGGCAUGUGGAAGCAGCGCCAGGCGUCGCGUACAUGGAGCUUGCACGUCCGCAUCGCCACAACAGUUUCCAUGAGGAGCUCUGGGACGAAUUCCCAAGAGCGCUUCAGCAACUGGACGCACAUCAAGACACGCGAGUGAUCGUGGUUGCAGCUCAGGGCAAGAACUUCUGCGCGGGCAUCGAUGUGGGUUACCUCCAGCGUAACUUCGCCGCCAUGACGUCAUCUUCUGCUCCUGCGACUGCUGCCACUAGUCCGGCAGUAGCUUCUACAGCUACGGCGGGGGAGUCUGCCGCCGCAGCAGCAGCCGCUACCUCGGGUAGAGCGGAACCCUGCCCGGGUGCCCAACGUGCCGCUAUGCGACGAAACAUUCUCUACCUUCAGGACGCGUACUCGGAACUGGAAAGGUGUCGUGCACCCGUAAUUGCUGCCGUGCAAGGCCGCUGUAUCGGUGGUGGAGUGGAUCUAAUCACUGCGUGCGACAUCCGUAUUUGCAGCCAGGACGCCUCCUUCUGCGUCAAGGAGGUGGAUCUUGCAAUCGCAGCGGAUCUGGGGACCCUGCAACGCCUGCCGCAUGUAGUUGGCCAUGGUGUCGCCAUCGACCUGGCUCUCACAGCGCGAACUGUGGACGCGGCGGAGGCGCGGCACAUCGGCCUUGUCAGCACUGUCGUACCAUUCACAGCCGACGUCGCCGCUAGCACCGGUAACGACAGCCCUGGCCGCGUCGCGGUGGUUGCGGCGGCGUUGCAGCUGGCUAGGGUGAUCGCUUCCAAGCCCCAACUUGCCGUACAGGGAACCAAGCGAGUGCUGCUUCACGCCAGGGACCAGCCGCGUGUCGCUGACGGUCUGGACUACGUGGCCACGUGGAACAGCGCCCAGCUCAUCACACACGACCUCACGACCAGAAUACUACUGGGAGGGACAGUGAACGUCAUCCCCCGCCAGCUCAGGCGCCAGGCAUGCAGCCCGACCCGCCAGUCCAGCAUGGGCAGCUGCUCCACCUGGGAAACCAGAUCCGGAUCUUCCACGACACCGGAUUCACCCACCAGGUAGCCCUGUCGUAUUUGGAUGCCGUACACACGAGCCGCAGUGGAACGGUACAAUGAGGAGGGAGGUAAAACCCUAAGUGUUGUUCCUCCCACACAGCCGCCCGCCC